AUGGAGCCACGUCCAACAUCAGGCAACGAGGAUUCUCGGACUUCAUCUAUAAAUGUUCUGACCUUGAAUUGCUGGGGACUGAAAUAUAUCGCCAAAUACCGACACGAACGAUUGUCCGAAAUAGGAAAUCGGCUUGCCACUUAUUCUCCUCAACUCGAUAUCGUCGGCUUGCAAGAAUGCUGGACAUUUACCGAUUACCUCGCCAUCCGAGACAGCACUCGGUCUUUCCUUCCAUUCGGCAAGUUCUACCAUUCUGGCAUCUUUGGUGCUGGGUUAGCUAUCCUUAGUCGAUGGCCAAUUAUCGAAUCCUCCAUGUAUCGCUAUCCUCUCAAUGGCCGACCUCAGGCUUACUUCCGCGGCGACUGGUUUGUUGGGAAGGGUGUCGCAUGUGCGAGAAUUUCUUUGCCCGAUGGGACCAAUAUUGAAGUGUUCAACACUCACUUACACGCCCCUUACGAAAAGGAGCCAAACGACAGUUACAUUUGCCAUCGGACAGCACAAGCCUGGGAGAUUGCGAAACUCAUGCGUGCGGCGUCUGAUAGAGGCAGUCUUGUCAUUGGCCUGGGAGACUUCAAUAUGGUCCCGUUGAGCUUUGCACAUGUCCUGGUGGAAAGCCGUGCUGGAGUUCAGGACGUUUGGCGGGUCAUGAAUCCUGGAAGCAGCAUUGGAGCAAGCGUGGAUCCGCCUGAAAAAGAGCGCCGAAAACGCAUGGGCGAAGAAGACACCCCGACUGUCGAGACAAGUUUAGGGAAACACGGACACACGUGCGACUCUGUGUUGAACACAUGGCGAUGGAACAAAGCUCAUCAGAAGCAAUUGGCACAAGGCCAUGAUCGGAAGAUAUCAGGCACAGACUUUGACCCUAAAGCGAAGCGGUUGGACUAUAUCUUUUUCAGUGGCAUUGGCAAAGGUUGGAGUGUCGCCGAUGUGAAAGUCGUGCUUACUGAAAGACAUCCAACCCUCCUCUGCUCAUUGAGCGAUCAUUUUGCUGUGCAGGCGACGCUAGAAAGAAGCCCUAGUCGGCCAUCUGGUCCGACCCAAGUCGAAGCUCAUGCAGCCGUGCACGACUCGAGUACCGGUGAUCCCAGCCUUCAGAUCGUGGAUUUCGAGGAGAAAGAUUUCGACAAGGCAAUAUCAGACAUCCCCACACGAAGCCAGAUCAGCCAGGACUUCUAUAGAGACAUCCUCACCAUGAUCCACAAGUACAAGUUGCGGGAGAGGAAACAACGACGUUAUGGGCUUGUGCAUUUCGUUGGCUCUGCCGUGGUCUCGAUCGGCUGUUUCGUCGCCAUUUGGUGGUCACCUCGGAAUUUCGUGUCCUUCAUUUUGAUUUUGCUCAGCAGUCUGGGACUCAUGGCUGGAACGCUACACGGUUUGAUCGGGGGUCUCUUUGUGGGGUCGGAAUUGAGAGCCCUGGCCGAGUUUGAGUGGGAAGUUCGAAAUGCGCUGCACCUUGCCGGCGGUCCGGCCCUGGAAGAUCGAUCCCUAAAAUUAAAAGACUGGUACGACUGA